CAUGGUGUCGGUCCUGAGCCGCUCGCUGGGCGCCCGCGUCCGCGGGGCCGUCGCUCGCUGUGGGCUAGCGACGCGGGGGGCGGCUGGCGCGGGCUGUGGCGGCCGCGAGCCCGACCCCGAUUCCGACUGGGAGCCGGAGGAGCGGGAGCUGCAGGAGCUGGAGAGCGCCCUGAGAAGGCGGAGAAAAGCCGCCCGCUUCCAGAAAAUUCAGAGGCAGAUGCAGGCUCCCGGCGCCCCGCCCAGGACCCUCACGAGGGAAGCCAUGGAGCAGAUCCGGCAUUUGCAUAAGGAAUUUGUAGAGACCUGGUCAGUUCCCAGAUUGGCUGAAGGCUUUGAUGUCAGCACUGAUGUGAUCCGAAGAGUCUUAAAAAGCAAGUUUGUACCCACCCUGGAACAAAAACUGAAACAGGAUCAAAAAGUCCUCAAGAAAGCUGGGCUUGCCCACUGCUUCAGUCAGUCCCAGGGUCCUGUGGAUAGCUCAAAGCCUCUUUCUGCAGGCCACCCUGUACCAGGCCCUUUGCUGAUAACAGGAAGUGAGCUCGCAUCCCAAGACCAGGGUCCGACCUCAGCUUUGAAAGUGAUGGAAUCAAACACUCCCAGUACAUCCACAAGGAGACGGAAGAGAAGGGAUGAAGGAAUCCAGGCCCUGGAGGGGGGAGGCUGUGCCCAUGGCACUGCGGCCCCAGGUCAUCAGCGGCUGCAGCAGAGGCGCUCUGUUGAUACUUACAUCAGCCACAGAGAAACUGGCAGUGGUGGGUGGCUAGGUGCCAAGCUGAAAGAAUCGAAAACGGAGGAUCCAGGUGACCAGAACUUCAGCAGCAAAGUGGUGCAGAGAGGGCGAGAGUUCUUUGAUGAUAACGGGAACUUCCUGUACAGAAUUUGAGCUUGAGUCUGACUGGAAAAGCAACCUAAAAUAGCCAGUCGUGUUUUUGGAGCUACCUGCAAAUGGACUGAACACCUAGGAAUAGGAAGUGAGAAGCCUGGGAUGAGGGAAGAAGGAGCUGCUUGGAUAUGAAUCUGACAAGAGGCAGUGUCAAGUUUCGAGGGCAAAUUUGGGUGGCUGGAUGACAGCUGGUAGAGCUCAGGCAGUUGGGAUACUGCUCACCCUCACCUGGUCUCUGGGUUUCAACCAGCCCGUGUCGCGCUUGUUAGGAUUUACUGUGGUACUUGUCGUAGAUGUGUGGGAGCAAAUGAAAGGUUUGCCACCUGAUUGCCUUUGUUUGUUAAUGGACAGCACAGUAGUAGAACUUUGGUUGUUUUCAGUGUAAACACAAUAAAAAUGAAACAUAGCAGUC